UCUUGCGUGUAUGAGCUGCACAUUAAAACGACCAUGUGUCGCGUUUUUGGUCUAUAGCCGGGUUGCGCAUUUAACAGUUACUGUAUGGCAGCUCCAACAUGAUGACUUACCAGGUGAAUGCAUCGCUACCUACCGCAAAGGCUUUAACAUCAGAGAGAAGCUCAAAUUACAGCCAGCGCGGCCCUGAUGCGGCUACAUAUCCAACAUACCGGGACUUCGGGAUGAGAACAGGUGGAGGACAAGCAGUUGUCAGACAAAACGGUCAUCCAAGGAGGAAACUGCCUGAGAUUCAACCCCUGGACAAGUCAAGGGACUGGAAAACCUUGGUUGGCGGCAUCAUAGUUGCAGGGUCACCUAACUUGGCCAAAGAUGAUGGACUGGGAACAGAGAACAAUGAUCCGGAGAGGGACAUCUGUGGGAGACACUUCCUUUUUGAUAAAAAAUGUGCGAGAUUAGAACGGACCAGGACUGUGAUUCCCCCGCUAACGAGAGACUAUAACAUCCACAGAACUGGCAACCUGCAUCCCUUCAGUCUCUCCAAGGAGCUUUCCCACAGCCAUGCCGGGCGGCCUUUGAACCUGAGCUACCCUGAAAGAUAUGAAGUGAAUACAACUCCAGCCAUCCUCUUUCCCUCCACCUUAGUUCUUAACGGCAGAAACACCUUCUCAGUGGAAAGCUGCAAGCUCAGCAGGCCCAAGGUGAAUUAUCCAACCUACAACCUACUGACUGUUAAAGACAAUCAAAAGAGCCAGUCUUACCCAGACCCGGUGGUCGGAGCCUCUCGUUCUUUCAUCCACAGGAUAUCUGAGCUGUCCUCCUUGGAGGGCGACACGGUGAGACAAGAAAAGCUCAAGAAAAUGAAGAAACCUAAAAAACCUCCAUCCUGACAAUCAACUUCCUCCCAGUCACACUGGUCAAGGAUCAAAACCCUCGAAUCUGUGCCAACGACAGAUGAACUAAAUAAAACA